CCAGAGCAAGCUACCACUCAAACUUCACUCAUUAUAUAUAAAAGGACAACCCCCUCAUCCCUUCCCAACUCCAUCCAAACCCAUCUCUUCCUCUCCCCCAAUCACCCCAUUCUCCAAAAUGACCAGAAUCAAAGACUUCUUGGCCAAAAUGUCUGAUUCAGGCAAACAAAUAUCCAUCUCCAAGAAAAACAAGAAGCAACUCUUCAUAGCCCUGGUCGCAGCAAUCCUACUAGUUGGAGCUGUAAUCGGCAUUGUCACCGGAGUAAAGUCCCAAAACAAAAACUCCGGCGAAGACAGCGAGGCCUCCGCCGCCUCCCACGCUAUACUUAAAAGAUCAUGCAGCUCCACCCUCUACCCUGACCUCUGCUUCUCCACCCUCGCCGCCCCCGGAGCCAUCAAGAAAGUUUCGAGCCUGAAAGAUGUCAUAGAACUGUCCUUGAACAUCACGACCACAGCCGUGGAGCACAAUUUCUUCGCUGUCAAGAAGCUUUUGAAGUCCAGAAAGAAGCUCACGAAGCGCGAGAAGGUUGCUCUCCAUGACUGCUUGGAGAACAUUGAUGAGACCCUCGAUGAGCUCCAUGCUGCUGUUGCAGAUCUCCAUCAGUACCCUAAUAAGAAUAAGUCUUUGACUCAGUAUGCUGAUGACCUCAAGACUCUCAUCAGCUCCGCCAUUACCAACCAGGAGACUUGCCUUGAUGGGUUCUCUCAUGACGAGGCUGAUAAAAAAGUUCGCAAAGUUUUGGAGAAGGGGCAGGUACACGUAGAACAACUCUGCAGCAAUGCAUUGGCUAUGAUCAGGAACAUGACAGAUAAUGAUAUUGCAAAUGCCAGCAAAAUGAAUGUGAACCGGAAGCUCAAGGAGGAAGUGGUGGAAGAGAAGGAGUGGCCGGAGUGGCUGUCGGUGGCGGACAGGCGGCUGUUGCAGUCGUCGACUGUGACGCCCAACGUGGUGGUGGCAGCAGACGGCAGCGGGAAUUACAAGACGGUGUCAGAAGCGGUGGCUGCUGCGCCAGAGAAGAGCAGCACUAGAUAUGUGAUCAGAAUAAAGGCAGGGGUGUACAGAGAAAAUGUGGAUGUGCCUAAGAAAAAGACCAACAUCAUGUUUUUGGGCGAUGGGAGGACCACCACUAUCAUCACUGCAAGUAGAAACGUGGUGGAUGGCAGCACAACUUUCAAUUCUGCCACAGUUGCUGCGGUUGGGGAAAAAUUCCUAGCCCGGGACAUAACCUUCCAAAACACAGCUGGUCCAUCAAAGCACCAAGCCGUUGCCCUAAGAGUCGGGUCCGAUCUCUCAGCAUUCUACCGAGUUGACGUUCUUGCAUACCAAGACUCACUCUACGUUCACUCGAAUCGCCAAUUUUUCGAAGGCUGCUUAGUAGCAGGAACAGUUGAUUUCAUCUUUGGCAAUGCUGCUGUGGUGCUACAAAACUGUGACAUCCAUGCAAGGAAACCCGAUUCGGGCCAGAAAAACAUGGUGACAGCCCAGGGCCGAACGGACCCAAACCAAAACACCGGCAUUGUGAUCCAAAAAUCCAGAAUUGGAGCCACUUCUGACCUGCAGGCUGUAAAGGGCAGUUUCAAAACAUUCUUGGGUAGGCCGUGGAAGGAAUAUUCAAGGACUGUGAUCAUGCAAUCUGCCAUAAGUGAUAUCAUCGACCCAGCUGGGUGGCAUGAGUGGAGUGGCACAUUUGCCCUCGACACAUUGUUUUAUGGAGAGUAUGCUAACACUGGGGCUGGUGCUGGGACUUCAAAUAGGGUGACCUGGAAGGGCUUUAAGGUAAUUACAAGUGCCACUGAGGCUCAGACUUUCACACCUGGCAGCUUCAUUGCUGGUGGUAGCUGGUUGAGUUCAACUGGUUUCCCAUUUUCUCUUGGUUUGUAGAUUCUAAAUUAAUUAUUAAGCAUGUUUUUAGCUGGGGGGUGCUGUAUUCUUGUAAUUCUAGCUAAGCUGGUGUUGUUUGAGUGUGUUGUCCGGCCUUUGAUUGUAGCAUCACUUGAACUCCAUGUGUUAGUAAUUAAUAAGAGCAUCUUUUAUUUUGCCAUUAAA